AUGUCAUUUAGGAUUACAUUACAACAUAUUAAAGAGGACUUUAGAAACAUUGAGAGACUGGAGGAGAAUGGAGAGUAUCUCAAUGAUCUGGUACAACAACUACAGACUGAGAAACAGAACACUACAACAGCAACAACACCCAAUGCUACCGCCACUACUACUACGACUACAUCUAAUGCCAAGUUAGACAUAUUCGAUUAUAUACUAAAGAAUGUAGACCUUAGCAGUGCAGACAUUGACAAUGAAUAUGAGUAUAUAAAGGAUACAUUGAUAGACAGUAGCAAUAGCAUAGACAACAAGAGCGGGAGUAACACGGAUGGCAAGUCAACCGAUCAUGACUCACAUUCAACUUCGAACAAGUCUGCACAUCAUCAUAAUCAACAACAACAACACCAUCAUCAGAGCGAUGCCAAGGUCACCGACAACAACAUAAAGUCACAAGAUGAUGACCAGAGCAUGGACAACAACAGGAGAAAGGAGGUCAUCUUUAAGAAGCUGGCACAGCUUAAGUUGCAUGAUGACACAUUCAAUCAGGCGUUCAAGUUCAUUGAGACAGACAACUGGCUCAACUCCAAAGGUUUAGCACUGGUGUCUGAUGAUAAUACUGCCACAAUCAAGAACGAGCUGACACAGUGCAUUGCUACCAUCAAUGACUCGAUACAACAACUCUCCUCAAUGACCUCUCCAGAACCAUCUGUGCUGUGA